AUGCCAGUGAAGUGUUGUUUCCACAGGUCAAACGCUGGGGGAGCCAUGGCCUGGUCUGAGUCUGUGGAUACAGUACUAUCCAAUAAAGAGGGCCUGGCAGCUUUUCGGACAUUUUUGAAGUCUGAGUUCAGUGAGGAGAAUGUGGAGUUCUGGCUGGCCUGCGAGGACUUCAAGAAAACCAAAUCCUCCACCAAGAUUGCCUUGAAAGCCCAGAAGAUUUAUUCUGACUUUAUACAAGCUGAUGCUCCAAAGGAGAUUAAUAUUGACUUCCAUACCAAAAAUGACAUCUCCCAGAACAUCUCUGAGCCCACCCUCAGCUGCUUUGAUGCUGCUCAGAGCUCAAUCUACUGUCUCAUGGCAAAGGACUCUUUUCCCAGGUUUCUGAGGUCAGAAGUGUACAAGGAACUGGUGAAGAAGCACCAGGAUGGAAAUCAGAAGAGAUGGCUCCCGUUUAUGUGA